CCAGAGUGAGAGAGAGAGAGAGGGGAGAGCAGCAGAGGGAGGGAAAGAAAGAAGAGAGAGUGAGUCCAGCCCACUCCGGUAAAACCAUUCAACUGGUGAACGCAUUCAACACAGAGAGAGAGAGAGAGAGAGCGAGAGAGGACGAGAGGUAAAAAGAAAGAGAGAGAGGAACUCCCUUCGUCUGGGAUAACUUAACUCUCUCACUCACUCACACACACUCUGAACACACACUCUGCAGCGACUUCACCCCGGGAACGAGGAUCCUCCGGCGCUCCAGAGUUUUUCCUUCUUCAUCCAUUCAUCACAUCUGAGAGUUUCUUCUUCUUCUUCUUCUUCUUCUCGUCUUGUUGUUUUUUUUCUUUUUCUUUCUUUCUUGUGACGCCUCCACAUUUUCCAGCCAUCUGUCCCUGACAAAAAAGAUAAGGAUUACUCAUUUUCUCUCUCGGCGUUGUUGUGUUUUUGUUUUUUUUUUCUUUUUUGUCCUCCUCUCUCUCUUGUUUCUUUACAGCUUUUUUUCCCCCUCCGUUUUUUUCGCAGGUGGACUGUGAGCUGAGCUGAACUUUGCAGCUUCCAAACUUCUGAGGAGACAAAGACAUUAAGAGAGAGAGAAAGAGAGAGAGAGAGAGAGAGAGAGAGAGAGAAGGGCUGUGGAAGGAAGGAACACGAGGAAGACUUUUCUUUCUUCAUCCAGGACUGAAUUUUUCCUCAAACACUUUUAACUCUUCGUCUCCUUUUGGCUCCGUCUGUGCAUCUGCAUCCGACAGCAUCACCAAAUCCAAGCCCUGGCGGCCAAUCAGAUGACUCCUGCCAUCAUGUCCGUCUUGCCUCUGCUCAGCUGGACCGUCCUGCUCCUGGUCCAGAUCUGCGGCUCGUCCUCGGACCCGGCGUCUGACCUCCAGCCGCUGUCCCUGACCGUCCAUCCCCACCACCAGCCACUGCCGGACGCCGCCUCCAGCAGCUCCCACUGCCCCUCCUGCGCCUUGGCCAGGAUGAGGAGGAACGAAGGGGGCCCGGCGGCGGACGACAUGGACGACCAAGAAGAAGUGGCGGCGGCGGCUCAGCAGGACGUGGUGGAGGCGGUGAAGAGGCACAUCCUCAACAUGCUGCACCUCCAAGCCCGGCCCAACAUCACCCGGCCCGUGCCGCGUGCCGCACUCCUCAACGCCCUGCGCAAGCUCCACGUGGGGCGAGUGGCGGAGGACGGAAGUGUGCAGAUCGAGGGGGAGGAGGAGCCGCCGGCGCGAGGAGGGCGGGGAGGCCGGGGAGGAGGGGGAGGAGCGGCGGCGGCCCAGGCGGCAGCUCGGGCUGGAGACGGCGGCGACGCGCAGGAGACAACAGAGAUCAUCACCUUCGCUGAGGCUGGUGAGUCUCAGGGCACGGUGAACUUCGUCCUCUCUAAAGAAGGCGGCGACCUCUCUCUGGUGGAGCAGGCGAACGUCUGGCUCUUCCUCCGCUUGGCGAAGACCAACCGCAGCCGAGCCAAAGUCACCAUCCGCCUCUUCCAGCAGCGCCGGCUUCCCAACGGGCGUCUGUCUCUACCGCAGGACGACCUCCUCCUGGCGGAGAAAACCGUGGACACCCGUCGCAGUGGGUGGCACACCUUCCCAGUGUCGGCAGCGGUGCAAGCGCUGCUGGAGAGCGCCGAGAGCAUGACACUGAGCCUCAGGGCAUCCUGCCCGCUCUGCGCCGACGCCGGCGCCACGCUCGUUCUGGUCUCCGGCAACUCGGAGACAUCGCAGCGUGCCAGCCAGCGUGAACAGUCCCACCGGCCCUUCCUUAUGGCCGUGGUCCGGCAGGAGGACGGCGGGGACUCGCGGCGCCGCAGGAAGCGUGGGCUGGAGUGCGACGGAAAGGUCCGCGUCUGCUGCAAACGGCAGUUCUACGUCAACUUCAAAGACAUCGGCUGGAACGACUGGAUAAUCGCGCCGCCCGGUUACCACGCCAACUACUGCGAGGGCGAGUGUCCAUCCCACGUGGCGAGCAUCACCGGGUCCACGUUGUCCUUCCACUCCACCGUCAUCAGCCACUACCGCAUGCGGGGCUACAGUCCGUUCCAGAACCUGCGGUCGUGCUGCGUGCCCACCCGGCUACGAGCCAUGUCCAUGCUCUACUACAACGAGGAGCAGAAGAUCAUCAAGAAGGACAUCCAGAACAUGAUCGUGGAGGAGUGCGGCUGCUCGUAAACCCAGAACCGGACCGGACCUGGACAAAAUGGACUGGAGGGGAGUGGAGAGGAGGAGGACAUCUGAACCCCAGAGAGAGGGAGGAGGUGACUUUAUGAUCGUCGUCACUCGAGGUCGCUCUCUGGGAGUAAACUCCUCUCCGUCCUCGUCCAGCAGAACUCAGAAAGAGUCUCAACGGCACUUUCAGACAAAACAAGAAAAGAAAAAAAAAGCUAGAAAAAAAAAAGAAUAUCUAAUAUAUUUUUGUUACCAGAGGAGGGAGUGAGGCUUAUUUAUGUGGCUGAGACGUUCAAGCACCACUCGACCCGUCAGACAUCGGAGAGACGAGGUGCCUGAAAAACUACUAACAAAAAAAAAUCUCAAAACUAUGCAACUUGUUUCACGUAUUACGAUCUUAUUUUACUUUGUUUACUUUUUUCAAAACGUACGAGGAAGAGAGAAGAAGACUUUUGUAUUAUUUUUUUUGGAAGUUUGUAGUGUGUGUGUGUGUGUGUGUGUGUGUGUGUGUGUGUUGAGAGAUACUUGAAAGAAACAAGUUGGCCCGGCUGCUGGAACCAAACACUUCUUUAUGUUACCAUGGUUACCGUGUUGGUGUUAUAAUUAUUAUUGUCAGUAAGUAAGUAUAUUAAUAAUAUUAUUAUUGUUAUUGUUGUUAAUAAUAAUAUUUGUGUGGCUGCAUUUUGUGUUAUUAUGUCUGUUUUAAUUAUUUUAAUUUUUUAAAAAGAACAUUUUUUGCACUAUAGCGACACUCAUGCUCAGAUUAGCCGGACUGAAGAGAGCGGACAGACCGGAGCUUCCUGUUCACGGCGGGCUCACGGGUUUCCUGACCUUUCCUCUGAGCUCCAAUAACAGUUGAACAAGCCUCGGUCAACUUCCUCCUUUCCUGUACUUAGAUAUGCUACGUGCUAGGCUAAUCUAUGUUCAAAAGACAUUUUGAAGAUGGCUAGAAGAUAAAAGAGACAUUUAUGUAGUCACAUCUUAAGACAGCAAAAACUUAGCCAACAAGCUAGCUAAUUUACAUCCACUGUUAGCUAGGUAAUUAGCUAUGUUGCUAGUUAGCAUUUCCGGGCACUAAUGAAAUACACAAAUGAAAACGUAGUUAUAGUAAAUAUUUUAUUCCAUUUCUUCAAUUAGAUCCUCCUCAAUGUUACACUCAGGACCUUUAAGAUGUAUUUAUACAUUUUUUAAAAAAUACUAUUGUCUUUUCAACAUGAACAAGCCUAGCAAAAGGGGCGGAGCUUAGUCUGGGUCAAAAAUCCAAAAGCAGGUGGACACGGUGGUACGGAGUAUCUCGUACUCAUUUGUAAGUAUUAGGGCUGUAGCCAGGACUUUUGAAAAACUAAUAAAGUCUAUAAAAUGACUGAAAGUAACGAUUUGGAUUUUUUGUUUUCUUUUUUAAAUGUGUUAACUGUUACGUUACAUUGUAACAGACAUUUUAUGUCCAACAUAGAGGCCCAUAUGUUCCCCAUACUGCCAGAAAAUAAAAAUCUGAUAAGCAGAAAAACUUUUAUUUAUUUAUUUAUUUAUUUUUGUUGCCAUUAAAGUAUUCAAAUUUCUAGUAUAUUUAGUCCAAAACUCCCAGUCAGUCCCACCAUGUGUAAACUCUCCCCAUGGUCCCAUAAAAACACAGCGCAGUUGAUCUGAAUGGAUCCUACAGCGCUGCCUCAAGUCCUUUGAAUAAAAUCUCCACCAAAACUCACAUUAGAAGAAGUGGAGACGGAUAUUUACUUUGUAUUUCUAGAGAGAAGUUGGCGGUUCUCCCAUUAACUUCAAUGCAGUUGCAGUUUUUAAUUAACUUUAAUUGCCACAGCUAGUGGCAAUUAAAGGAACUGCAGGUAGAGAAACGUCAUCUGUGGAGGCCUCUGAUUGGAUAAACCAAGAGCUAACACGUAGGUGAUACCUAGCGCCAGUCAGUUAGCACCCAACGCUAGCAACUAUACAUGAAACACGGAGCGAUGAAGUAAUAAUCCCGCUGGAAACUGCCACAGCGCUUCGGGAACUUCCUGUCUGUCCGGUCACAUGCUACGAGAAAGUGGAGGAUGAAAAGCACUUAGAAGAAGAAAAAUUUAGAUUUGGUUCGUAAAUAAAAUUCUAAUCUCAUUAAGUUAAAACGCAAAAAUACAACAAGAGAUGUCAGUUUAACGGCAGUCAUCUUAUGUCCUUUCUGUUAGCGUAAAUAUUCGGUGACAGCUAGCCAACCCCUAAAACAAACCCCUUAAAAUCACUUCUAUUUUUGUCUCUGGUGGAUGUUUACAGUACAUUAAGGUGAUUAGCAUUAUUAGCCAAGAAUCAUUAUACACACAAAAAAAGAGAAAGAUUUAGCGUUUGUAUCGAGGGAUUCAUGCACGAUUUUAAUGUCUUUUGUGGAUGUUUUUAAUCUGUUAUGAAUGUGACACUUUAUUUAAAACAUUUGUUAAAGUAUCUCCUGUAGAAAAAUUUGCACUUUGGAUAAACUGAAGUCGUAUUUUCACACGAAUAAACAUUAAUAACAAUGUAAACCUCCACAGAGCCUCCAUAAAUCAACCAAUAAAUCCUGUAAAGCUGUUUUGUGAAAUUCAUAAUAAAUAAGUGAUUAAAGUGAUACCAGACACACAGAGGGUUAACAUUGUGUUCUUUCAUUGUCACACCAGGGUUCGCAGUUAAAUACGAGGAUUCCUGCACAUUGAGUUUAAAAAGAGAAAACGUUUUUUUGUUUUUGUCCCGUUUUAGUUUGCUUUAGAACACCAAAGAGUCGAGUUUGUGCACUUGUUUGAGUGAGAAAAACUGUUAAAGUUACAUUCAAUGAUGCUGAAAAAGAAAUAGUUCAUUUACAACCUGAUUUAUGUGUGAGAGACAAAAAACAAAAAAAUACAGAAAAUGUAAAAUUGUGUCGAACUGCGUCUCAAAAGUUGCUUUCAUGAAGAGUUUUAUUCAAGCUUUAUAGUUUCAGAUUCAUUUAGAUUUUUUUAUUGAGUUGUGAUGUUUUUACUUUGUUUCUCUUUCUACCUGCACACCAAGAACUCAGUUUCCCACCAUUCUUUACAUUAAAAUAAACUGAAAAAGACAAUCCACAGUCGCCUUGUUCUGUUUUUUGGGAGAAAAACAAUCAGAUUUCAGAGUGUUUCUGUGUUGUGUGUGUUUAUAUUAGUAUUGUCGACUUGUUCACCAAAUGUUUUGGAGUGUUGGUCCCCUUUUUAACAAAGUCACGCGUGUUUUUAGUUUCUCUUUUUGUUGGUGGACCUUCUUCUUCUGGACUUUUAGGGACACGGUCCAUCCUGUGUGUACAUGGACGCGUACAAAAUGUCUGCAGAUUUAAAAAAAAAGCCUCAAAAAGAAGCAAAACAAAAGGAGAAAAAAAAGGUAUAAAAGAAGUGGUUGUAUUUUGUUCAGAUUUUGUUCUUUUGAUCGAGACAAAAAAUACUGACACUGAACGAAGUGGACAAAGAAUAAAAAGUCUAUUUUUUAUUCUGUAUAUAUGGAAAUCAAGAUUCCAGUAUGUUGCAUUGCUUUGUUGUACAAAUCAAAUGUGCUUGUGGCAUUUUUCUAAUCUAAUUUAUUUUACAGUAUUGUUCUGUUUUUUUGUUUUCUGCUUCACCAUUAAAGUUUAAAGGAUGUACACAAAUGAAA